UACCAACUAAACAUUCAUAGUAUACGAUACACUGCUGAAACUGUUAACUUCAUUCUUUAACAUGUGUCAACAUAGUCUUUAAUAACCUACUCCACUAAAAAAAAAUAUCGGAUUCUUGCUCUCACAAUUAAAUUUCGUAACAUUUUAUCUUGCUUUUAAGCGUUUUUAUUGUUACUAUUUGUUGGGCUAGUCAGAGCUGGCUGGAUGAUAAAUACAUAAUCAGCAGUUAGGAAUUGGCAAGGAGCUGCAAGUUCUAUCCGUUAGGAUUAGAGGUUAAGUGAUGUGUGACAUAACCAUGUAGAAACAAGGAAUAGUCGUAAUGUGUUCAUAACAAAGUUUGAGCAGAUCGGGCGCACAAGUUGAAGUAAUUAUUCCCUUUUCUCACUGUUGUGUACCAGAAUACGCCAGACAGCUCAUUGUUCAUAACAAGCCAUUGUAUGAAUUGAAAAUAUUAAGUAUUUAUGUAAAAUAUACAUUUCGAAUUUUUAUUUUUUAAUUAAAACAACUCUUCUUUGGCCAGACAGUAAAAUUAGGUCAUUCUGUGGAUGUGUUAUUCCAUUUCAUCCAUGAGGAAUACUGGCAGAAUUUAACAGAGAAGGGAAAUAUGUCACAUUGGAGAACUCAUAAGCUUCUUACCACUUCACUUCAUGCUAUCUCUGUGACAGCUGAGUUUAGGUUGCUUUUUUUUCUCCAAGCAAAGCAAACUGUGUAGCAGAUUAGACAAGUUACCAGCAUAUAUUAAUGAACAGAAGAAUGGACUAGAAAUUGCAUAUCCAGUUUGAUAUAUUUCUCAAAUUUGACAUGGAGGUAAUAAAAGUGGAACCAGACAUAGACAGAGAAGCACUGUUGUUGGUUUCUCACAGUGCAAUUUCACAGCUUGCUAUAAAAGAAGAAGAUCAGUCAGGUGCAUUCACUUAUGUUUCAGUAGAGCCUGAAAAUAAGAUUCAUCAAGAGGAUGACGUAGGACUUCAGCAGAUUAGUACUGAUAAAACCAUACAGGGAUGUGUGGAGCCGUGUCACAAUUUACGUGCUGACUAUAGGAGUCCACAAAUGGAAUCUACUGCAAGUAACAAUACAAUGGCUUCAAGAACAGAAUACAAGUUUAGGGGCAGAUUCAAGAAACAGAAAUUUGUUACAGAUGUUCAUACUUCCAACUGUACUAAAUGUGGUGUUGUGUUCAAGGUUUCUAAAGCAUUGACAAGCAAUGACGUUAAAUCUGUGGUCUGUAAAAACUGUAAUGUCAAAGAAACUCCAGAACCUAUAAAUCUUGCAGAUAACAUAGAGCAGCUUCAAACAUGUGAUACAGGAUCAACCUUUAAUGGCAACAGGAAAGAACACCCUCAAAAUAGUACUGAAGGUAAACCACAUAUGUGCCACGAGUGUGGAAAACGUUUCACACGAUCCUGGGCUCUAAAAAAACAUUACUGUUUGCAAGAGAAACCAUACGUAUGUGAAGUAUGUGGAAAACAAUUCACACAAUCUCGUAAUUUAUUGGUGCACUCUCGUUCACAUACUGGCGAAAAGCCUUUUGUUUGUACCAUAUGCAGCAGAGGUUUCUCAUAUUCUGGCGACUUAAAAAUACACAUCCGUAUACACACCGGGGAGAAACCGCAUGUUUGCGAUGUUUGUAAGAAGGCAUUUUCAAAGCAAGGGAAGUUAAAAAUUCACUAUCGUAUACAUACAGGGGAGAAACCAUACGUGUGCAAUAUAUGUAAAAAAGGAUUUUCAGAAUCGCAGGUUCUCAAAAGACACUACCACACCCACACUGGGGAGAAACCUCACGAAUGUCCAAUAUGUAAAAAGGGUUUCACGAAACCGGGGAAACUAAAAAUUCAUUACCGCAUUCAUACAGGAGAGAAACCGUAUGUUUGCAAUGUUUGUAAUAAAGGGUUUAAUGAGUCCCAGGUUUUGAAAAAACAUCAUCGUAUACACACUGGUGAGAAACCAUAUAAGUGUACAGUGUGCGAAAAGAAGUUCAACGAUACACAGGUAUUAAAGGAACAUUAUCGUACUCAUACUGGAGAGAAGCCGUACGUCUGCAGUAUUUGUAUGAAAUCCUUUGCUUUCUCAAAAUCCUUGAAGAAACAUUCUCAAAUCCAUACUGGACAUCCCAUAACAAAUUAUGUUUCAGUAGAGCCUGAAAAUAAGAUUCAUCAAGAGGAUGACGUAGGACUUCAGCAGAUUAGUACUGAUAAAACCAUACAGGGAUGUGUGGAGCCGUGUCACAAUUUACGUGCUGACUAUAGGAGUCCACAAAUGGAAUCUACUGCAAGUAACAAUACAAUGGCUUCAAGAACAGAAUACAAGUUUAGGGGCAGAUUCAAGAAACAGAAAUUUGUUACAGAUGUUCAUACUUCCAACUGUACUAAAUGUGGUGUUGUGUUCAAGGUUUCUAAAGCAUUGACAAGCAAUGACGUUAAAUCUGUGGUCUGUAAAAACUGUAAUGUCAAAGAAACUCCAGAACCUAUAAAUCUUGCAGAUAACAUAGAGCAGCUUCAAACAUGUGAUACAGGAUCAACCUUUAAUGGCAACAGGAAAGAACACCCUCAAAAUAGUACUGAAGGUAAACCACAUAUGUGCCACGAGUGUGGAAAACGUUUCACACGAUCCUGGGCUCUAAAAAAACAUUACUGUUUGCAAGAGAAACCAUACGUAUGUGAAGUAUGUGGAAAACAAUUCACACAAUCUCGUAAUUUAUUGGUGCACUCUCGUUCACAUACUGGCGAAAAGCCUUUUGUUUGUACCAUAUGCAGCAGAGGUUUCUCAUAUUCUGGCGACUUAAAAAUACACAUCCGUAUACACACCGGGGAGAAACCGCAUGUUUGCGAUGUUUGUAAGAAGGCAUUUUCAAAGCAAGGGAAGUUAAAAAUUCACUAUCGUAUACAUACAGGGGAGAAACCAUACGUGUGCAAUAUAUGUAAAAAAGGAUUUUCAGAAUCGCAGGUUCUCAAAAGACACUACCACACCCACACUGGGGAGAAACCUCACGAAUGUCCAAUAUGUAAAAAGGGUUUCACGAAACCGGGGAAACUAAAAAUUCAUUACCGCAUUCAUACAGGAGAGAAACCGUAUGUUUGCAAUGUUUGUAAUAAAGGGUUUAAUGAGUCCCAGGUUUUGAAAAAACAUCAUCGUAUACACACUGGUGAGAAACCAUAUAAGUGUACAGUGUGCGAAAAGAAGUUCAACGAUACACAGGUAUUAAAGGAACAUUAUCGUACUCAUACUGGAGAGAAGCCGUACGUCUGCAGUAUUUGUAUGAAAUCCUUUGCUUUCUCAAAAUCCUUGAAGAAACAUUCUCAAAUCCAUACUGGACAUCCCAUAACAAAUCACUGAAUUUUAUUAAAUUCUAGAAAUUUUGAACUUUCUGCUUCAUCAUUGGAUAACAAGAAAAAGUGACAAAAUUGCUUCUCAAGAAAAUAUCUAGUAUAUUACAAAUUCUGUUGUGUUUGUAAGUGUAUGUUGACAUUUUACCAAUAUGAAGACAGUCUUUGGAAUUUUUUUUUCAUAUAUGAAGUGUGCAGUCCAAAUAGUGAAAUGUUACUCUAAAACUACACAAUGUGUUCUUACAUACUGAAUUACACGAUGUGAAAAUCAG